ACAGCUUCCGUGCCACAGUGCAGCAGCCUGGGUUCUAACGUGUCGUGCCCCUCCGGAGGAGCGCUAUGGCGGAGUUGAACCCGCUGGCGGAGGAGCUGUCGUGCUCCAUCUGCCUGGAGCCCUUCAAGGUGCCGGUGACCACGCCGUGCGGCCACAACUUCUGCGCAUCGUGCCUGGACGAGACGUGGGCCGUCCAGGGCUCGCCGUACCGGUGCCCGCAGUGCCGCGCCGUCUACCAGGCGCGGCCGCAGCUCCAGAAGAACACGGUGCUGUGCGCCGUGGUGGAGCAGUUCCUGAGCGCCGAGCAGGCCCGGGAGGUGUCUGUCGACGGCUGGACGCUGCCCGUGCGCACCGCGGCCCCCAGCCUGCCCGAAAAGGUGGCCUGCGACCACUGCCUCAAGGCGGCCGCCGCCAAGACGUGCGUCGUGUGCAUGGCCUCCUUCUGCCAGGAGCACCUGCAGCCGCACCUCGACAGCCCAGUCUUCCAGGACCAUCCGCUGCAGCCGCCUAUCCGCGACCUGAUGCGCCGCAAGUGUUCUCAGCACAACCGGCUGCGAGAAUUCUUCUGCCCCGAGCACGGCGAGUGCAUUUGCCAUAUCUGCCUGGUGGAGCACAAGGCCUGCUCGCCGGCGCCGCUGAGCCAGGCCAGCACCGACCUGGAGACUAAGCUGAAGCAAAAACUGGCCAUCAUGUACAGUCAGAUCAAUGGUGCAUCGAAAGCACUGGAGGACGUGAGAGCCAGGCAGCAGGAUGUGCGGGAGACAGCAAACAGGAAGAUUAAUGAGCUCAGACAAGAAUACAUGGAAAUCAAGGCUCUCAUUGAUGCCUCAGAGGCCGGCUGUACACGGAAGAUAAAAGAAGAGGAGAAGAGGGUCAGCAACAAGUUUGACAACAUUUAUCAGAUCCUUCUCAAGAAGAAGGGUGAGAUCCAGACCAUGAAGGAGGAGAUUGAAGUCGCCCUGAGUAAGGGGGAUGAGUUUGAAUUUCUGGAGAAAGCUUCAAAACUGCAAGGAAUCUCAACGAAGCCAGUCUACGUGCCCAGGGUCGAGCUGAAUCACGAGCUAAUGAAGGAGGUCUACCAGGGUACCAUAGACUUCAAAAACGAGCUGAAGCGCCACAUCAAGCAGUCCCAGGAGAAGAGGCCCGAGGACUCUACCGGCCCAGGUGACCCUGGAGAGCCCAUCCCACUUCCCAAGUACAAGUUGCCACAUCCUGUGAAGAAGCCCGCGAAAGAAGAAAAGAGAGCCAAGAAAUCUGGGGCUACUGGUGCCUUACCAAGCAAGCCUCCCGCUGUCAAAGGACCAGAACAAACUGACCCGGAGGCCAAACCUGCCAUCUUGCAGCAGAAUGCAGCUGCCAAGUCUAAGGUGCUGGAGACCUUCUUAGCCAUGACCAGACCCCAGCUUCUAGAGCAUGCUGCUAAAGUUAUCCUGGACUUCAACACCGCCCACAACAAGGUAGCUCUGUCAGAGAACUACACGACGGCUUCGGUGGCUGACACCCCCCAGAAUUACCGGCCACAUCCCCAGAGGUUUACAUAUUGCUCGCAGGUGCUGGGCCUGCACUGCUACAAGAGAGGGGUCCACUACUGGGAGGUGGAGCUGCAGAAGAGCAACUUCUGUGGGGUGGGCAUCUGCUACGGCUCCAUGGAGCGCCAGGGCCCCGAGAGCCGGCUUGGCCGCAACAGUGCCUCCUGGUGUGUGGAGUGGUUCAACACCAAGAUCUCAGCCUGGCACAACAAUGUGGAGAAAACCUUGCCCCUCACCAAGGCCACGCGGAUCGGCGUGCUUCUCAACUGUGACUGUGGCUUUGUCAUCUUCUUCGCCGUCUCUGACAAGAUCCACCAGCUGUAUAAGUACAGGGUGGACUUUACAGAAGCUGUGUACCCGGCCUUCUGGGUGUUCUCCGCUGGUGCCACGCUCUCCAUCUGCUUCUCCAAGUAGGCGGGCUGUGGGAUGCUCGGCUGACAGCCCAUGGAGCGCCCAAGACUUGGAGAAAAUGCUGCACUUGCAGGUGGAACUCUCCUUGAGAACUUUGCUGAGAGUCCCCAAGGGUCACUGAAGAUGGCUGCUAAGCAAUAGUAUGGUGAAGAAAAUUGAAGCUGCUCCACUGCCAGAAAAACCUUGCAGAAGAUGAGUUACUCCUUUGAAGGCGACAUGAGAUCAGCUCCCCCUGAAGAUGGGAACUCCCAUAUAGCAAGGGCUGCCCUAUGUGCUGGAAAUUGGAGGCCAAAUGCAACAACCGCAGAGUGGGUGCUCCAUCACGUGUUGAGCAGGAUCUUCACCAAAGAUAUGCAAAUAUGCGUUACUUUUGGCCAAGCACCCCAAUAUACAGAAGUGGAGCUCCCCUGGCUACAGUGAGGAAGCAGAGCCGCCACUGCUCGCUGCCCUUGGGGUCUACUCCACGAGCCCCAGAAGUCAUCCUUGGACCUCCAGGACUCCACGGACCAGAGUCCAAAAACCACAGUUUCGCCUAAGAAACGGAGGCUACCAGUGUUUACGUAAUAUGGUUUAGACAAACACAUCAACUUGGAUGGAAUGAGAACAAGUCUUUCACAGUUCUUUUAAAAGAAUAAUUUGGGGGGAAGAGGGCAGUUAAGUAGAGGGAAAUACAAUUUUAAGAACAUCCAAUUAAUUCAAUUUGUCUGUAUGAUAUCCACCUGGCAAAAAGCCUGGGCGGCCCAGGAAGUACAGACCAGUAGCUUUCACGUGUCAGAGUGCAUCAGAAUCACCUGAGGUGCUUGUUGACACAAACAGAGCUUUUUAUGUCUCAGCCCUAGAGACACUGAUUCGUGAAGUCAGGGGCUGGGCCCAGGAAUCCACACUUUCAGCAAGGUUCCCAGGUGAUCUAUCUGGGGGCUGCAGACAGCCUGUAGAUCAACUGUGAGAAACAGGAUAUAGGCCUUAACGGGGAACUGGAGAAAGGAAGGGACAGCUUUUAAAAGGCAAAACCAAAACCACCUCUUCCAUCUUGUUGCUGAGAAUGUAUCUUCAUUCAGAUUGAGAUAUGGUAACAAAACUACUUUUUAGAUUUCUAGAUACUUUUCAUAAAUCUACCUACACUCCAUUAUAUCAAAUUAGGCAGAAUUUAAAAAACAUUUCUGAAUAUAAAGUGCUGGUUCUUGCUUCAAUAUUACCAUUUCGAGGGAAAAUACAUGAAACUAUCAAUCACUCGUUCUACUGAACUUUUAGGUUGAACAGGUACAAAUUAUGUAUUCGGAUCCACAUCAAUUUGUAAAUUAAUAUAGCUUCUAAAGUAUUCUAGAUAGUGCAAAUUUAAAAUUUCAUAAUAUACAUUAAAUACAAUUUUACUUUACAUUGCAAAUGCAAAUUACUUUUCUUUUGACAUGCUGGUAGUAUUCAUUUGUACAGUGCAAAAGGACCUUACAAUGUGAGUCACAGUAUACAACACUAAGUAAACGUGUUUCAAAAAGCUAAUGCUGAAGGUUUUUAUGACACACUCUAAAAAAAUAAAAAUAAAUAAUCUUGACUAUAAAAUCUUUAUAAACAUUAGCUACAUUAAGGGUUCCCAGCUAAUUAUAGCAGAAAACCUAAAACAUUUAAGAUCAUAUAAUUUUACUAUUAGACAACCUGUGUUUGAAAACACAAGUCCGUCUGGUUUACAUUAAAACACAGUAAAGCACUGAGCAUCACCACCGCCUACUUAUGGGAUGUGUAAGAGCUGCCAGGUGCUCAGUAUUUAAGCCACUAGGUUUAUAAGGAGUUAGGAAUGUAUCAGGAUACUGAAAGAUGAGCGAAAUCUGAAAACAGACACGGAGAUAUGCUUUAUAUUCCUGAGAAUGUUGAAGUUAGCUUCAAAAAAAAAUCAAGACAGUUUAAAAUAGAACAGUAAAAUGUUGAUAAAUUAUUUUGUAAAGUGUAGAAUUUCUAGUAAACAACAGUUACCCUAAUAUAUAACUUGCAAAUAGGAAUCUUUUAUAAAUUGCAUUUAUUUCAAACAAGGCACAUGCCUAUACAUUUAUUUGAAAUGCUGGGUAAAUGUGCCUAAAAAAGUAAGUAAAGUUUGGGAAAUCAAAAUGAGGAUGUGUUUUAUGAUAUGGCAGAUUCUGAAAUAAAUUUCCUAAAUAAACAUUAAGUUUAAAUGAGUGAAUAAGGCAGGAGAAAAACUUCACAGAGUCAGGGACAAAAAAAGUCUCACUGGAUUAUAAAUGAAAAAUCAAUUUGUUUAAACAAAUGAGGGAGUUGUACAUAAACCUGCACUAAAUUCAACUUAACAUUGUCCUUGAAGUAGUUUCAGCAAUUAAAAAAAAAUGCAGUUAUUUUGACUAAGUUCUGAUAUCCCAAAUUAACUAUCGACUUUGCUUCUGUAAUUAGCACUAUGAAUUAUAGGUAAAAUAUAACCUAAAGCAAAGUGAAUUUAACAGUGUGUUUAUAAAAUAUAAACUUUAACCAUGAAUUAAAAGGAUAAAUCUAAUUAUACUCAAAACAUGAUCUGCCCAUAAAAAGGAAAAGCUACAAAACUUUCCCCUCAUUGCAGGAGAAGGCUAUCUACCAUGAAAAGGGAAUGAAGAAGGUGAAAACAGACCUGCUCACAAAAUCUUUUACUGGAAUUAAGCAUCACUUGGCUCAGACUUGGAAGAGGUUAAUUUAAAUACAAUAAAAAUAUUUUAUAUAAUGUACUGACUACCGUAUACACUAACAAGGGGAUCCUUCAAAAGAUGGCCCAGGCCUGAAGGUGACUCAUAUUUAAGUUUAUGGCAAUUCAUGGAUGAUAUAGCCAUAACAGAUUCUUAAGGGAAGCUAAUGGUGGUUUGGGGAUACAUUCUAAUCUUUGAGAGAUUAAUAUCACAAAAGACCACCAAGCCCCGAAACAGGCCAUCUGUCAGGAAAACAUCAGGCUGGAUGGCCAAUGGGUCUGCCUAACUAUAGGGCAUCAGAGCAGGCUAGCUAACAGCAUCAGAAGAGCGCCCUCUAGUGGGUGACUAUGAAACUAGCCCUUCAAUAACUUUCUUGUAAACUGAGGGAAUAAAUAAAACAAUGAAAAAAAAAAAAAAAAUUGGCUAUCCAAAAGUAGUUUGCCAGUGCUUUCUGUUCCUCCUGUUUUUUUUUUUUAAUUGAGUAUUUCUGAAGAGUGUGCCUAUCCGGAUAAUAUAUUUUUCAGAAAAAUGAUGGACUUUAUUUCACUAGUAGGUUUUCCAUUUGACUGAUUUAUCUGAUUACCUUAUUACAUAAAACUAUGUAUUGCAAAAAUCAUUUAAAUCUAAGUAUCACAGCAUAAAACAAAUAAUAAAUAAGUAAAAUAUAUAUAUAUUUUUCACUUUAAAAUAAACAUUUUGGCCAAGGACUCUGUAUACCUUCUUCCCCAGACCAAGGGGGCAAUUCUAUCAAAUAAUUUAAAAUAUAAAAUACUACCAUAUUUCAAGAUGGAGCCCUGGUGGCACAGUGAUUAAGAGAUCGGCUGCUAACCAAAAGGUCUGCAGUUCAAAUCUACCAGCCACUCCUUGGGGACCCUAUGGGGCAGUUCUACGGUGUCCUAUAGAGUUGCUAUGACUUGAUGUCAACAGGUUUUUUGGUUUAGGUAUUUCAAGAUACUACAAGACCACUGAUUUUGUAAAACUUAUUAGUCAUUAAAUUUUUUUAGUAAUUAAUCUGACUAGUAGCUUUCCUUUAGCAUAUUUUUUUGAAUUGUUGACAUUUUUUAAUCAAAAGAGAAGCUGAUGAACUACCCAGCUCAGAAUCUGUAAUUUUCAAUACAAAGUGUCCCAAAUAUUAUUAUUAUUAUUUAACCAAUUCAUCUAUCUGGUUUUCUUUCGGUUAUACUGGGAUUAUAAAAAAGAUCCUGAAAUUCAACUCAACAUGGUCAUUAAUAGGGUUAAUCAAACAACAUUUGGGGGUCUGAAAGUGAUCCUAAAAUAAAAAGUUAAGUACUGGCUUUCUUGUACAUUUCUCCUUUCAGGGUUUCCUGGCAAUGGGUACACACGGAUCUUCCAGUGUUUGGCUUGGUGAGGCGUGCUGCAGGUGGGAGGCUAGCGUUAACCAGGCAGCUUUGACACUAACCAUUUUCUUUCAAAAAAAAAAAAAAAAAGUUAAUUUUAAAACUACUACAGUGU